AUGGGAAGCACCACCAGAUCCACCUUUCCGGGGGAGGGCUCGUUUCAGGCCGAAAGCCCCAACAACCCGGCCGAAGCACCUUGUAUCUCUGUCUCGUUUGUCAUGUCGUCGACUAGACACCUCGUCACCGUGGGAGUCGAGGUGGUGGAUGACGAGUUCUUUGAGCGAAAUGGCCACUGUCGGGAUCGCAUCCCCCAGGGAAUCGAGGCGACCUUCGACCCCAACACGGCUCGUUGGGCGGUCCAGUCAGAUCAAGCGGUGGCCGACCACCCUCCACCAGCACCUCGUCACAUUCCAGCGCCCCCUCCUGUCAACCGCCGCGCACCACGGAAAGCAAGGAAGAUUCAGUCGCCAUCAUCAUCAUCAUCAUCCCUCUCUCAGGCACACCCGGCUCCAUGUCCAGGUCCAGGGCCAGGCCCUGCUACUGUUACUGAUCCAGUCGUCCACCACCCGGACACCCACACCGAUGCCGCUAUUGCUGUUGCCAUUGCCACUGCCACUGCCACUGCCGCCACCGCGGAACUCGAAGAGAAGCUGUCUUCCUCGCCUGUCACCUCUGGACAGACUCGCCAUAAGAGCAACCCGCAAGAUGCACCGAAUCAACCAAGCACCAGUCCGCAGGCAAACCAUCCAGUGCAGGAGAAUGGGGAUUGUCGCAAAAUUGCGAAAGGUGGGCCCACCACGAUCAUCACCACCAGCAGGAGAAGUGACUGGUGGAGCGUUGUCUUCUAG